CGGGGAAGCGAGGCUGAGCAGUCAGCCGCUCGAGUGAAGGCUACGAGAUCAGGGAGAACCCGAUCGGGGCCGUGCUACGCCUUCAGAACCUCAGACUUCGUAGUGCCAGGCGGGUUACGAUGCCCUCGCUGGGGUCUCAAAGCUUCGUGCCUGUUCUAGCUGGGACUUCGGACAGUGGCUCAAUCUAUGUCCUUUACUUCUGAGCAAUAACAAUCACUUUUUUAGCAUAGUGGGAUUAAAUAAAUCCGGGUGGAUGCCCAGUGACUGUUACCUGUUGGUUCUAUAUGGGGGAAGAGAGUCUCCCUGGCUCAAUUUAUCAAAAAGCAAGCAAGCAAGCAAAAACCUCAAACCAUUCAUUAAGGACUUGUCUGCCACCAUCCCUCUGUUUAUGAAAAACAAAGAUGUUGCUGCAGAAGCUGUCACAGGAAGUGGAAAAACCCUGGCUUUUGUCAUUCCCAUUCUGGAGAUUCUUCUGAGACGGGAGGAAAAGCUAAAGAAGAACCAGGUAGGAGCCAUCGUCAUCACCCCUACUCGGGAGCUGGCCAUUCAGAUUGAUGAGGUCCUGUCACACUUCACAAAGCACUUCCCGCAGUUCAGUCAAAUUUUAUGGAUUGGAGGCCGGAACCCUGGAGAAGAUGUAGAGAGGUUCAAACAGCAGGGCGGGAACAUUAUUGUGGCAACCCCAGGCCGCCUGGAGGACAUGUUUCGGAGAAAGGCUGAGGGUCUAGACCUGGCCAGCUAUGUGAAGAGCUUGGAUGUCCUGGUGCUGGAUGAGGCAGACAGACUUCUUGAUAUGGGCUUUGAGGCGAGCAUAAAUACAAUCCUGCAGUUUUUGCCCAAGCAGAGAAGAACAGGCCUUUUCUCAGCCACCCAGACACAGGAAGUGGAGAACUUGGUGCGAGCAGGCCUCCGGAACCCAGUCCGAAUCUCAGUGAAGGAGAAGGGCGUGGCGGCCAGCAGCACCCAGAAGACGCCAUCCCGCCUGGAGAACUACUACAUGAUGUGUAAGGCAGAUGAGAAGUUCAACCAGCUGGUCCAUUUCCUUCGGAGCCACCAGCAAGAAAAGCACCUGAUCUUCUUCAGCACAUGUGCGUGUGUGGAGUACUAUGGAAAAGCCCUGGAGUCACUGCUGAGGAAAGUGAAGAUCCUGUGCAUCCACGGGAAGAUGAAGUACAAGCGCAAUAAGAUCUUCAUGGAAUUCCGCAAGCUGCAGAGUGGGAUCUUGGUGUGCACCGAUGUCAUGGCCCGGGGAAUUGAUAUUCCCGAAGUGAACUGGGUUUUGCAGUACGACCCUCCCAGCAAUGCCAGUGCCUUUGUACAUCGUUGUGGACGCACAGCCCGCAUCGGCCAUGGUGGUAGCGCACUGGUGUUCCUGCUACCCAUGGAGGAGGCAUACAUCAACUUCCUGGCCAUCAACCAGAAAUGUCCCCUGCAGGAGAUGAGCCUGCAGAGAAAUACUGUAGACCUUCUGCCGAAGCUCCAGGCCAUGGCCAUGGCUGACAGAGCUGUGUUCGAGAAGGGCAUGAAAGCCUUCGUGUCCUUUGUACAGGCUUAUGCAAAGCAUGAGUGCAGCCUCAUCUUCAGGCUGAAGGAUCUUGACUUUGCUGGGCUUGCUCGGGGCUUUGGCCUCCUGAGGAUGCCCAGGAUGCCAGAACUGAGGGGAAAGCAGUUCCCAGAUUUUGUGCCAGUGGACAUCGAUACCGACACGAUUCCAUUUAAAGAUAAAAUUAGAGAAAAACAAAGGCAGAAACUUUUGGAGCAAAAAAGAAAAGAGAGAACAGAAAAUGAAGGGAGAAGAAAAUUCAUCAAAAAUAAAGCUUGGUCGAAGCAGAAGGCCAAAAAGGAAAGGAAGAAAAAGAUGAAUGCAAAAAGGAAAAGGGACCAGGGCUCUGAUAUUGAAGAUGAGGACAUGGAGGAACUCCUUAAUGAUACAAGGCUCUUGAAAAAAUUUAAAAAAGGUAAAAUCACAGAAGAAGAAUUUGAGAAGGGGCUGCUGACAAGUGCCACAAGAACAGUCCAGCUGACAGACUCAGGGGCCUCAGGCUCAGAAGAAAGUUGACCUCAGAGACUCAAGUGGAGGUCAUCUCCCAGCUGGUUCCACACUCUGGCCCUUCCUUACUGUCUGGAAAGCUGUCUGUCCAGACUGGGAAAAACCAAAGGACUGCACACUCCUGAAUACCAUGACCCUACAGUCUUGAGAAGUGUGUUUAGAUUUUUGAGUGUAAAUAACAAAUGUCAGUAUUUAUUUUGAUUAAUUGCAUUUUUUCUGGGGUAGUUUUUGUGCUUUAUCACAGGCUUAAAAAUGUGUGUAUGUACAUAUAUAUACACACAAACAUGUAUUAAGAAUUCUUACUUACCUUCUUAAAAUAGAGAGUACUUACUCUCAGUCACCUCAUUGCAUCCUCUUGCCCUGAAGGUUGCACACCUUUGCAGCCCUGCCAAGACCACCGGAGAGGCAAAGGGGGCUGUGUGUGCUGGGGUCCCAGGCUGGUGCCACCACAUCCAGACUGGGGUUGAGAGCAUUUUAGAAUGGAUUCUGGUGUUUUAUUGGCAAAUACCUGAAAGCCAGGAAAGAAUUCUAUCUGGAGAAAGUGCUGCUCAGCUUUUUGGUGUUCUGCCUGACCAUGCUUGCACUGUUUCUGGCCUGUCUCUUUGUACUGAGGCAAUACUGUUUCCAAGUCUUUUAUAUAAUUUAUUUGAAAAGA